AUGGAAUUUAAUAAUUUAGAAAAUAAGAACUUGCGGUGAUUGUGUACUGUUGCCUUAUAUUUAAUGAAUAAAAUAAUGAUUCCCUAGCUAUGUUUCGACAAGUUCAAAUACAUAUUUUGUAAUGUUCGAUUAGCAAUAGUUUCGCAUUUAUAAUAAUGGAAACGUUAACUAUUUGUCGGUGUUGUCUGGCUCAGGGACCUCACAGAGACUUAAAUUCAGCGUAUAACUGGCAUGAUACUAAAGAAAUAUAUUCUGAUAUGUUACACGAAUGCUUCAAUAUCGUCUUAAGUACUUUACAAGACAGUUCGAGGGCCAUAUGCAAUAAAUGCAUAGAAAAGUUACGAGAUGCGAUUGCCUUCAAACGGCAGGUCCUGCACUCUGAAGAGGUGUUCAUAAAGUUAAUAAACAGCAGAAAACAAGAGGAUGCGCCUGUAAAAGUGGAGCCUAAAUCUGAAGAAAACAGUAACGACUCGGACGACUUUUUCUUAGUACAAAUCGUUAAGGAAGAUAUUGAUAAUGAAGAUGAACCAAAAAUGAGUAAAGUUAAAAAGAAGAAUGACUCCUCUGUAAAGAAAAAAGUUGUUAUAAAUACAGAUAGUGCCAAAAAAAGGCCGCUCAUGAACAAAAUGAAACCAAUAGAAAUACAAAAAGACAUUCUCAUAGAAUCCGUAUCAAAAAUAUCACCCGAGAGAUUUAAACACAAGGAAAACCUACUGAACGUUCUGAAAUAUUCCAACGCGAUGCCGUUCAAAAACCGAUCCCUACUCGGCUUUAUAUGCAGCUACUGUGACGCUACAUAUCAAGAUCCAACCGAUUUGAGAAAACACACAGAAGACCAUCAAAAAGAACGCCUGGAACUCAAAACUCCUAGUGACCUAGCGGAGUACCAUGUUAAACUAGAUAUAACUGACCUAACUUGCCUACUCUGUGAGCAAAAGUUAGAAAAUUUGACGGUCUUGAAGGACCAUUUAGUUAAGAAACACAACAAAACCUUCUACACGGAUAUAAAGGACCAUAUAAUGCAAUACAAAUUACGGAAAGGCGAUGUCUUCGCGUGUGCAUUGUGUUCAUCCCAAUACGAAACGUUUAAAAUGUUAAAACAGCACAUGAAUAAGCAUUAUGAUAAUUAUAUUUGCCAGAAAUGUGGGUCAUCAUUCGCUACAAGAAGGUCGUUACAGUCCCACAAAACGACGCAUUUAGAGGGUAGUUUCAAAUGUGAUCUCUGCGAGAAAAUAUUCCCGAGCCGCUCGAAAAAGUUGUACCACGAAAAAACUAAACAUAUGGGCAACAGAAGUAUCAGUAAUUGUCCGUUUUGCGACGCUUCCUUCAGGAGUUAUUAUCAAAGGAACCAGCAUUUGGUGAAAGUGCACAAUUCCGAAGCACAAUACAAGUGCAAUAUAUGCAAUAAAGCCUACGUUCUCAAGUCGCUACUAAUGUAUCAUAUAAAGAAGAAUCACUUGAUGGAGAGGAACUUUCAAUGUUCUGAAUGUGGUUACAAUUUUUUCAGUAGAAAGGCGUUAAAAGCACACAUGGUUAAGCAUACUGGGGAACGAAAGUAUUCAUGUGAAGUUUGUCACAAGUCAUAUGCGAGGAAGUAUACACUACGAGAGCAUAUGCGUAUUCAUAAUAAUGAUAGGCGGUUCAAAUGUGAUCUAUGCGGGAAUGCAUUCGUGCAGAAGUGUAGUUUGAAAAGUCAUUUAUUGUCGCAUCAUGGGAUUAGCAUGGCGGCUAGCGAGAUUACUAUGUCGUAAUAAAUUUGUAUAUUUUA